GUCCACUUUCCAUUCACAUUGCUCUUGAAAACUCAAACUUACUCCGCUGCUGUGCUCAGAACUUUCAUCGAUCAUUUUCCAGGACUAUCAUGUCGCUUUUCUCUGCAAACCCACUUCAUCUCCAACCUUCAUCCUCUUUCAUUUCCUCCAAAGCUGAUGAGCAACAGUUUAGCUGUUUUUCCCUUAAGAGAAAUCUGUUGUAUCUGAGGUCUUCAAAUGGCUGUAGACUAAGAGCAACAGCAGCUCUAAAUUCUGAUUGCAAGAGUGUAAUUGGAAUUCCUCAUCAGUGGUACAAUUUGAUUGCUGAUCUUCCGAUAAAACCUCCUCCUCCAUUGCAUCCUAAAACUUUUCAGCCAAUCAAGCCUGAGGAUUUGUCUCCUCUUUUCCCAGAUGAGUUGAUCAAGCAGGAGGCAGCUAACGACAGGUACAUCGAUAUUCCAGACGAAGUUCUUGAUGUUUACAGGCUUUGGCGCCCAACUCCUCUGAUCAGAGCCAAGAGAUUGGAGAAGCUACUUGGGACACCUGCCAGAAUUUACUAUAAGUACGAAGGUGUUAGUCCGGCUGGAUCACACAAACCCAACACAGCAGUCCCUCAAGCUUUUUAUAAUGCACAACAAGGCAUCAAGAAUGUUGUCACAGAAACUGGUGCAGGACAGUGGGGCAGCUCUCUGGCUUUUGCUUGCUGCUUGUUUGGUCUUGAUUGUGAGGUAAGUAAUACCAUGAUUUCAUCUGACACGAUUCAUGCCGGUGGUUUACGGUACCAUGGAAUGGCUCCUUUGAUCUCACAUGUCUAUGAACUAGGUUUCAUGGAAGCAAUUGCAAUUCCACAGAUUGAAUGCUUUCAAGGUGCCAUUCAGUUUGCAAGGAGCGAGGGAAUUAUAGCAGCACCGGAGCCGACUCAUACCAUUGCCGCAACUAUCAGGGAAGCCCUGUGCUGUAAGGAGAGCGGAGAAGCAAAGGUUAUAUUAAUGGGAGUCUGCGGGCAUGGUCAUUUGGACCUGCCCUCUUAUGAUAAAUUUCUGCAAGGAAAGUUGGUGGACUUGUCAUUUGAGGGGAAGAAAAUCCAAGAAUCAUUAGCCAAAAUUCCACAGGUGGUACCCUGAAGUGAGAGUUCAAAAUUUAGUAUCAAUUAACUUAGUUUCUUAUUAAGGAUAAUUUCACAAAUAUAGUUGACAUGGAAUUUACAUUUAUUGUUUUAAUAAUUUUUCUGCA